AGAACGAAUUGUCUGACACAUGUACAAAAUCCUUGGCAUUAAGCUCAUCGUCAAAGGCAAUCCUCCCCCAGCUCCUCGUCGUGGACAAAGUGGGGUCCUCUUUGUUUGCAACCAUCGAACCGUUCUUGAUCCAGUGAUCACAGCCGUCGCUUUGGGUCGCAAGAUUAGCUGUGUCACUUACAGCAUAAGCAAGUUUUCUAGGCUGAUCUCGCCAAUCAAGGCCGUGGCAUUGACACGUGAGCGUGAGAAGGACGCGGCAAACAUCAAACGGUUGUUACAAGAAGGUGAUCUGGUGAUCUGUCCUGAGGGGACUACCUGUCGUGAACCGUUCCUUUUGCGAUUCAGUGCACUCUUCGCCGAACUGACGGACCAGAUCGUCCCGGUAGCAAUCAAAAACAAACAAAGUAUGUUCCAUGGUACGACGGUCCGUGGGUGGAAGCUCAUGGACCCGUAUUUCUUCUUCAUGAAUCCAAUGCCGACGUAUGAGAUAACGUUCCUGAGCCAGCUGCCGACCGAGCUAACAUGCACCGGGGGGAAAUCAGCGAUUGAGGUGGCCAACUAUAUCCAACGGGUCCUGGCUGGGACACUCGGGUUUGAGUGUACCAGUUUCACUAGGAAGGACAAGUACGGAAUGCUGGCUGGGACUGAUGGUCGGAUCCCUUCCAUGAAAGAGACAGAGAAAGAGAAGGAGAAGGCUUAGGAAGAGAAUUGCAUGUUUUUAUUUAUGUUGUUUGUUUACGUUUGGAAACAUCAUGAUAAUAAUCUGGCUAUCUAUAUAUAUUUCAAUAUAUAUAAAUAGAUUUUAUGUGAA